GGACGGUUUUCUCCACACCACCGAUGGUGGGCCUUCUCGGGUUUUCUGGCCGCAGUGUCACACUACAACUCGGCACGGCAACAGACUAGUUGCCCUCGUUAUGAACUUUUUCAAAGAAUUCUUGUGAUCACUUCGUCAGGCCUAUUGUUUUAAUUUUACCUAUAUAAAUGCACACAGACUUAAAAGAAGGAUCGCCAUAGCCUCGGUCAUACACACAUUGAUAGCUACAGUGCUAGAUUGUUGAAAUUCAUUUUGUGAUGCAGCUUGCUCGUGUUUAUUUUUAAUUAUUUCUUAACUCGUGAUUUAACCACUGGACUUACGCAUUAAAAAACUUUUAGGAUAAAUAUAAACUUUUGGUUCUCUCAUGCCCUGGUGCCCGGCACCUUGAGGGUGACUCCUGAUCUCUACUGGAGGGUGUGAACAAUGUCCUCAGAGAGACCAGCACAACAUAAGCAACAGCAGCAACAACAACAACAACAACAGCAGCAGCAGAACAAAUCUCACGACCCCCGCUAUCUCAUCUCGCCAUACGAGGACCCCAAGAUUCGAAUGGCGGCCGCCGCCUCCUACCCGUACUUCCUCCCCGUGACAUCGGCGCCCCACGAGUACCCGAACGGCCACGUCAUCAACCCAGCUUUGGUCUCGUCGCCCCACCCGUCCCUCUUCUCGGCGCUACACCUCAACCAGCACGCCAUGUCUUCGGUCUUGGUCAAAAGUUUCGGCAGGAACCUCCCCCUCUUUGCCUCGGACUUCCUCUCCCACCCAGGGGACAUGUACACCGCCGCCCUGAGGGGGGUCGGGCCCCCCGAGGCCCAAGACUCUGACGUGAAAGACGAUCCUAAAGCAGAACUGGAGGGGAUGGAUCUCUGGAAGAAGUUCCACAGUAUUGGCACGGAAAUGGUGAUUACAAAAUCCGGACGGCGCAUCUUCCCAGCGUACAAAGUCCGGCUGUCCGGACUGGACAAAAAGUCCAAGUACUUCCUGCUGCUGGACAUCAUGGCCGUGGACGACUGCCGGUACAAGUUCCACAACGGCAAGUGGACGGUGGCCGGCAAGGCUGACCCUGAAAUGCCGCGUCGCUGCUACAUCCACCCCGACUCCCCCUGCACGGGCGAGCAGUGGAUGCAGAAGGUGGUCAGUUUCCACAAGCUCAAGCUGACCAACAACAUCUCGGAUAAAAACGGCUAUCAAAUCCUGAACUCUAUGCACAAGUACCAGCCCCGCUUCCACAUAAUUAGAACCUCUGACUACAUGAGGCUUGGCAUCUCCCCCAGAACCACUGUGGUCUUCGAGGAGUCUCAAUUCAUCGCUGUCACGGCCUAUCAGAACGAACAGAUAACCAAACUAAAGAUUGACAACAACCCCUUCGCUAAAGGCUUCCGGGAAAAUGGCGGUGGCAGAAACAACAAGAUGAAAAAGCAGUCCGUCCAUUUGGACACCUCGUCUCACUCCCAUGACGGACAUUUAUCCUCCUACAGUGAUAAUGAGGACGACGAGGACAAUGUCGAGAUCUGUGUGGACGACGACGACCAACACUCGGCCGUCUGCUGCAGCAGCGACAUGGAGGAGGAGGCGGGAAAACUCAGGGAGGAGCUCUCGUCUGACGAGCAAAGUUUUGAACCAAAGGGAAGCAACCCCCAUGAACCAUCAGAAAAAUCCGCGAAAUCCACUUCAGAAAAAUCUAGCCAUGACGUCAAUACUAGCAGUGAUACCCUCCCAGUCGAGGCGACAAACAUUUGUGAUACAAAACUAGACACUUUCAGGAAACGUGAUAGACAUUCAGAGUCCAAACACGACGAUAGUUCAGCCUCGUCCACGCAUGCGCAUCCAACAACAAAACCUGUUCUGAAACACAGCGCUGAAAGUCUAAUAGCCAAGACGGUUCCGCCUCAGCGGGCAGCACCAGACACGGUUGGUGAUUCUGGGAGGUCGCAAGAGAAAUACGAACUGAACGUUGCAAACAGUAUUAGCAAAGUGAAGCCUGGAGAGGCCGGCAAUAUCUUGCACAGAGGGGAGGGGUCCACGGCGGUGUAUGCUGGAGACAACAUGGAAACAGAUUCUUCCAGAUCAGACAGUCGGCGUUCAGUCGACGGCCACAGUCCGAUUAACUGCUCGGGUCGAACAUCACAUAACAAUGCACGCGCAAGCAUGUACUCAACAGAUGGGUACAGCGCAGACUCGGAGACCGAGUCCAGGACCCACGGGGGUCACAGCCACGCCCAUCGGGUCCGUCAAGAGGAGCAGCUGAAGCAGGUCCACUAUCAGCAGCUGUUGAGGCUGGAGUCGGAGAAGAGAGACAUGUUCGAGAAGGAGAACCGUUUCCUCCAGGAACAGAAGCUGCUCUGUAAGGACUCUCGAAGUCCUCCCAAUGUCACCGUCUGCCAGAGGUCCUCCCUCGCGCACUCCCUCUUUCCAAUGUGUCACCCCAACCUCUUCGGGACGAACGCCUCGGCUUUCCACCACCCCAUGGCGUCGUUAUACAUCAACACCGUCGCAUCGCAUCCACACCUCCUCAGCCACAUAACGUCGUCAGCGCUAUCGUCGUUAUCUUCAGGAGCAAGCACACCCCCCUCGUCAUCUCCCCCACAUCGCUCCCCAACCCAAGUCAACUCCCCAACAUCCUCCUCUUACAUUUUCCCAUCCGCCCAUCACCAUCAGGGUAUACCAUCCCCCCAUCAAGCUGCGGUGGCGCGGGCGCUGGCAGCAUCCGCCCUCCCCCUGACCCACCCCCUGGCUUUCUUCCCCCGCAACAUCUCGUCCCUGGGCCCCGUGUUCCAGGCCCGCUCCCCACCCAGCCGGUACCACCCUUACGCCCCUAACCCAGUCAGCCCUGGGGUGCCAUCCUCCCCUGAAGGGGGUGUCUCAGGCUCGAGCACCCCCAGCCCCUCCAGCUCCCCGCUCAUGAAGGUCCCCUCCAGCGGUAUCAUCAAGCCCGUGCCCAUACCCCGAGAGAUAGGUCUAAACCUGACCACGACAGACAAUAGAGUUGUCCCUGUGUAGUCUAUUGUCUGCUCACACAGACAAGGCAAUCUAAAAUCUCUAACUGUACCUCAAGUGAGACAAAUACUGCAAAAUAGUCAUUUGCAAGACAUUCAAUAAAAGACAUUUCCAGAGUUAUUGCAUCGUAAGACACUGCUAUCACUAGCAGAGAAGACACUGGGAGACAUUGUUGGCUCUACAUUGCAAUAGACAUAUCUACUAGAUCCAGCACUAGUAGAAAAAGACUGUUACAAAUAUUGCAAUGCAGAUAAAGGAAGACAUUGCUAGCUGAUGCUAGCUGUAUCGGUAAAGACAUUGCUAGACAAAGCUAGCACUACUGGAGCGAACUGUGCAAGAUAUAUUGCACCUCAAUUUGAUACAACCUACUGAAAUAAAUUAUUAAAAUUCAAGCUCAGCAGCCAAUCAUUCAUGUUGUUUUAGAAUAUCCCAUUGUCAACACAAGCAGUGUACUCGAUUUUCAUUGGCUGGAUUUCAAAUCAUAGUUUUUAAAUCAUCAAACUUGUUUGCUUGUAGUUUAUUUUUUCAUCUCUAAACAAUCCAUAGAACUGUUUGAUUGAGAUGUUGACUGACAAGAUUUAUAUGAAGGAAUCAAUGAUUGACAGGUGCUUUGUGCCACAGGUGUGCUAUAGCCAGGUGUACCACAGCCACAGGUGCCACGGAUGUGGUGGUAGCCACAUGUGGUGGUGCCACACUAGUUCCCAGGUCGGCCAGUCCUGAGACGGUAGCCAUAGAAGAUUCUAGAAACCUUUGAUGUUUUGCCAUUCGAUGUAAAUAUGUUUUAAAAUAAAUGUAGACUUACAGCUCUAAAGAUGCGUGUACAAAUUGAUUUAUUUAUUUCUCUCCAUCUCCAUUGUAUUUGAAAUCAAAGUUAUCUUGUGUGUAAAAUAA